AGCUCUUCUCAAGAACAAAAAGUCAAUAAAGAAAAUUUAAAGUGUAGCCAUAACCAACGAACUGUUUCUAGUACAUUAUCUAUGAAUGACUUUAAAAUUGGGCAACAAAUUGGCAAGGGUAAAUAUGGCCGCGUAUAUAUGGCGACUAAUAAAGCAAGUCAACAGGAAUUCCAUGAGGAGCAACAAUAUCUUCUGUUCCUCUAA